CAACUCAAACAUCAAUCGCUCUAGACGGAGCAUUUUCAUUGUUACAAAGGAGCAAUUGGAAACUUCGCUGUUAAUCUAUCCAAACACACCCAUACAAACCUUACAGAAUAAACGACGAAAUGGACCUCAGCGAACAGAUCAACCAGUUGGAGACAGACCUACAGGAUAUCGCCAGUCUUCUGGAGAAGUCUGAGAGAACACGUGUUCAGGAUGUCCUCAAACAGGAACAGAAGAAGAUUGAGAAGGAAAUUUCAGUGAAGCGACAUCAGAAAGAGCAGCAGGCAAAAAGGGAGGCAGAUCCAACGUCUGCCUCAAAAGCAUACACAGUCAAAAUAAACAACUAUGGGUGGGACCAAUCAGAACAUUUUGUCAAAAUCUACAUCACCCUCAAUGGUGUACACAAGAUUGCACCAGAAAAUGUGAUGGUCACUUUCACAGAGAGGUCUUUUGUUCUACUUGUGAACGAUUUGGAUGGGAAGAACCAUCAAAUGGUGAUCAACAAUCUUCUUAAUCCUGUUGAUGUUCAGGACAGCUCUAAAAAGAUUAAAACGGAUAUGGUCCUGGUAAUGUGUAAGAAGAAGACUACCAAGAAGUGGGAAUGCUUAACACAGGUGCACAAACAGAUCAAAGAAAAGGAUAAGCCCAGUGUAAACCCAGACGAGAAUGCUGAUCCUAGCGAUGGACUAAUGAGCAUGCUGAAAAAGAUGUACUCUGAUGGGGACGAUGAGAUGAAGCGCACCAUCAACAAGGCCUGGUCUGAGUCCCAGGACAAGAAAGCCAAAGGAGAUGGAGACAUUAGCAACAUGGGCAUGUUUUGAACCUGAUCCACCCCCUCUAAAUCACGUGUCAACCUCAUUGCACCUAGAGCCGAGUUUCUGCAUGUUUUCGCUCUUCCCUUGUACUUAAUUCAUGAAUUAAGAUCACUAAUUAGUAAAGAGCUUCCCUCACCUGGUUGUCUAGGUCUUAAUUGUAAUCAAAAACCUGCAGACACUAGGCCAGCGAUAUACAAACUCUGUCCUGGGCUCAUUCAAAUUGUCUAAACUUGGUGAUUAUUUGAAUCAGCUGUGUAGUGCUAGGGCAAAAACCUAAACGUGCACCCCUUGGGAUCCCAGGGACUGAGUUUGGAAAACCCUGCACUAGGCCUUCCAUGGAAUGAGUUUGACACCCCUGCUCUAAAUCUACCAACCUUCCAGUCCUUCAUUCGUUUUUUUAUUUUUGUACAUUGAUUUUGCAUUCCAAUGCCCUCUUAAGUCUUUAGACUGGUUGAAAAUGAAAGUUUGCAGUACUGUUCAUCCUCAAAUCAUUCAAAAGGUGAAGAUCACAAAGUAUAUUUGUGAAGGUAAAAUUGCAUGUAUGUAUUCAUUCAUGCAUUUCAGAAUAAAAUGUCAAAGUUAUUCACUAUAAUUAAAUGUUUAUUGUUGCCUUCCAUAGUCUGAUUCUGAAAUGCAAGUGAAGUGAUCAAGAUGCAGACCCCAGAGACAUUUACAUAAAAAGGGAUUGCCAUUGUUUGAAUUACAGGGGGGCAAUUAUUAGCAGGAACCUUUAUUAAAAAGAAACAUUAUUUAUUCGUAACAUGUAUUUUAUGCCUACAACCAAGGAAGCAGCUUUCCGAUUGCUGAAAAGUUACUGUUUUGAAAACAGCGUCUCAACAUGUAAAGCUGAGAAAGGGUUGACCUACUGGGUGUGUCCAGAUCCUGAAUUAACCCAGCCACUGAUUAUUUGCCAUUAUAAACCAGGUGGUUUGAGCCCUGAUUGCCUGAAAUCUGUCAUAUAUCAGACUCUACUGCAGGUAUGACAAAAAUCAUUUUACGAUGUUAACAAGUUUAUAAUAGCUAUAAGGCACCUUAGGGGGUUGUGGUAUAUGACUAAUAUAGCUGUAUCCAAACACUCUGCAUUGCGGUCCCCCUUCCAGCAUUGGGUAACACCGCUGUGCACCCCUAGACUAUUUCUAUGGCCACAGGCCCUGUUCAUGACACAAGCUGUUCGCACCCCUCUUAUUGGUGUAGGGAUUUUAGCAUGUUUAAAGCUUAUUUCCUGCAAUUCUACACAUUUUCUCAUGAGGUGCAAAGAACAUUUUGAUGUUUUAAAGCUAUUUUCCUUUCAAUUCUAUACAUUUUACCAUGUCUAAUGUGUAGUCGUGAUAUUUGAGUGACAAAAAAAGUACAGCAAUAUCUAUAGGCUAAAAAAACGAAAUAAAAAACGUUAGCUGGCAUGGGCUAGUUGAUCUGGACAUUUCUGACAAGUUAUAAAUAGCUCGCUACGGUAUGCAAUGACUAACAUGACAAGAGGAACUCAUGAUGCACUACCCUAGUUCGAAAUUGCACUUUGUGCAUUCUACUAAUACAACUUUCAUGAGUACAUUUAAAGCCGGACCCCCGCGCCUCCACUGCCGAAUGUGGUAUAGUUCAUGCUGAAACCAUUCAAUGUUUACUCCGCUAGGUGGCAUCUGGAAUCACUUUCCCAUGCACUGUCAGAAGUGAAAUGAGUAGACAGCCUCAAUAUGUUCAGCCAAGUGAUAAUGUCAAUGUGAUAAAAUGCUGUUCGUUGAUUGCGGUUUUUAGUUUAUUACAUGCAAUUUCAUUCCUAAGAUACUGGUUACAUUACAAUUUUUGAGACAAAAUCAUACUAACAAGAUACGUGAAUAAAUAUAUAUUUAAUCGUGAA